UUCAGCGGCCCAAAAAAACGUAAAAUUAUAUAACUUUUGUUGCAUUUUUGAGACAAAACUCAACUCAUUUUACUAUCCGUCCUUUUUUGUCCAAUGAAUCCAUAAUGCAACAUGAUUUCAUGGGAUGGCCGAGUUGCAUAUAGUUGGACAAAUUUCAUCCGCAAAAAGUUUUAAACAAUCACAUCUACUCUGUAAAUGGAAUUUUUACGUUGGUAAUGGUUGGAAAAUCAUAUCAGGACAUGAGGAAGGACAAACGCAAGAGAGCUGCGAUUUUUAUACUAAUAAUCCAGUUUGGGAUCAUCCGGUAGAUUUACAUUACACAACGCAGACUAUACAAAAUUCUCCGAAGUUACUAUUACAAGUGUUUGGCAGAGAUAAUUAUGGAAGGAUAAUAUUUCUUUCCUAUGGAGUAUAUAAUGUUCCAAUAUCAUCUGGUUCUUAUGUUUUAGAUUGUCAUACAUGGAAACCUAUUGGUACUUGGAAGGAUAGAUUAUAUGAUAAAUUCCUAGGAAAUAGUUUACAAUUAAAAUCACCUAGUGUUUUAAUAAACACAUUAGAUAGGUUUGAAAUACUAACACAAAGCAUGGGAACAGUGAUCGUUCAAUUACAUAUCUUAACAAAAAAUUUCGAUAAAUUUGGAUGUCAGUUGUGAACAGAUGAUUAUAAAAGCAAUGGAAAGUGCAUAAGCAAUCUUCAAUUAGAAAGUCUUAACAGAUCUAAGAAAAAGAUCUAAUUUUGAGCAAAUAUUUAUAUUGAUAUUUAUAUUGAUAUAAUGCAUAAACAAUAUCAAUAAUUUACAACAAUGUUUUUUCUUCCAUUGUUACUAUUAGCAUGUAUUAAUGUGGUAGAAGUAACGAAAAUAGAAGAUAUAUCAAUCUGUAUAAAUGACACAGAUUGCAAGGAGUUAAUAAACUCAACCAUAUAUACACAGAUUCCUGAAAUUGAUAAUUCAUCUUUAAAAGACUUAUCAAAUAAUACAGAAGAAGAUAAAAUAUUCACUACUACCAUUCCAACAGAAAUAAUAUCUUCAAGAAUAAAUAUCAACUCAACAGAGCAACUAGAAGUACAGUCAACUUUCACAACAAUAUCCUCGCCAGUAGUGCGUCCAAGUGGUUAUGAAAUUCUUACACUUGGAAAAAAAGAGAUAUGCGAAUGUGACUUGAUUGUACGUGCAAGUAUCAUUUUUUAAUAUAAAAUAUUGA